AGGAAAAGCGUUCAAUCUAUAAUAUAACGUAUCUAGAUUCAAGAAUACCUCUUAAAAAUGUGGACCUAGACGAUGAAAAUUCAGAAGUAGCUUCAAGAUCCAAAGAAAUAGGUCUCAAACCCUCCUUGGGCUAAUGUGAGGACGCACAGUGAAUGAAGAGGCAAAAUGCAAACGCGCUGUCUGGCACCCACCAUCCCACACAAAGAGGACAGACGCAUAUCUCUCCAUUUUCCCUCCAGCUUUUUCUCCCCUAUCAAAGCCUUUUCCUCUCGACCUGUUGCCUUGCUGUUUCAACCAGCUGCGUUCCCUCCUUUCUUCCUUGACCAUUUCGUCAAGGACCUCUUGAGGCUGUUCCAACCCAAAGCUGUGGCUGGAAAGGGAACUAGCACCUGGAGUAUCUCUUCUGGAAAACAAACACGCUCUAAACUUUACUUCCCUUGAGCCGUCAUCAUGUCGGGCUGGUCUGCUAGCGGAGCUGUAUGGGAGGCUGAGGGCGGCGGCUCCUGUUGGAAAGAGGAUGAUGCCCCUGCCUGGGAUACCAACGACUCCGGCUUGAAAAAUGGUAAUGCCGACUAUGACCCUGCCUCUGCCAACGAAAUGCAAGGCAAUGACAAGUGCCGCAACUGCGGUAACGAGGGACAUUUCGCGCGCGACUGCCCCGAGCCUCGCAAGCCUAUGGCGUGCUUCAAUUGUGGUGAAGAAGGUCAUACCAAGGUCGAGUGUACCAAGCCUCGCGUUUUUAAGGGCCCUUGCCGCAUCUGCAACCAGGAAGGUCAUCCCGCUGCUGAAUGUCCAGAGAGACUCCCUGAUGUGUGUAAGAACUGCAAGAAAGAAGGCCACAAGACUAUGGAUUGUAAGGAAAAUCGCAAGUUCGACUUGAACCAUAUCCCAGACAAGCUUCCCGAGGAGGCAUGGGCUCUCCUCAAGGCGGCCAGCGACGAGAAGGACCUUGAAGAUUUCCGUGAGGGACUCAAGAUUUACUCCAAGGCUGUUCCAGAUGCGACUUUUGUCGACAUUGAAAAAAAAAUGCGGGGGGAAGACUUCAAAAUCUAUCUCAUCGCUAUGGAGAAACCGGUUGGAGAAAGCCUGAGCAUUAUCAAUCUUCAGGGCAAAUUAGACUGCAAGUAUGUGGUCGGGUUCUUCUUUAGCCCCAAGCCUCAGCGUGCGAAUCUCCGAGAGCGCUGGCCUGUUUCCGUUGAGGAUAAUCUCAAACGUCUGGAGGAAGCAGGUCUUCCAUACGACCGUCAGAUUCCCAAGUGCAGCAACUGCGGUGAAAUGGGCCAUACUGUGAGAGGCUGCAAGGAAGAACGGGCCGUCAUUGAGCGUGUCGAGGUCAAGUGUGUCAAUUGCGACAACGUCGGACAUCGUGCCCGCGACUGUCCCGAACCACGCCGCGACAAAUAUGUCUGCCGCAACUGCGGAUCUCCCGAGCAUAAAGCGUCGGAGUGCACCGAGCCCCGCUCUGCGGCCGGAGUGGAGUGUAGGAAAUGCAACGAAGUCGGACACUUCGCAAAGGACUGCCCACACGCUAGUGCCCCCAGGACCUGCCGUAACUGCGGUUCUGAGGACCAUAUCGCGAGAGACUGUGACAAACCGCGUGAUGUCUCGUCUGUGACCUGCCGCAAUUGUGAUGAAGUUGGACACUUCAGCCGCGACUGUCCUAAGGCGAAGGACUGGUCGAAGGUGAAGUGCAACAGUUGCGGUGAAAUGGGCCACACGGUGAAACGCUGCCCUAAGCCUGCCGAAGCUGAAGACGAGCCGACUGCAACCGGCGACUGGGGUACCGGAGACAACCGGGGUAUGGCCAGAGACGACGGGUUUGGUGGCGGCGGGGGAUGGUUUCCCGACGCGGCUGGUUGGUAGGCAAAGGGAAUUCAUGAUCUUCCCGUUCGUUCGGAUUCUUACUCUCUCUCUCUCUCUCUCUGUGUGUGUGUUUGUGCGUGCGUGCGUGUGGAACACGGGAAUGACUUGAGCGAAAUUGCGGGAUGAUUGGCAUCAAGCAAACUGGGUUGUUACCGAAAGCGUCCAAGACUUCAGUGACCGCCCCCUUUCGCUCGCUACUAACACGUCGAUGCUCAUCGUUGGAUCUGCCUCUAUCAUACGUACGAUCGUAUCAUGUUUUUCUUCCUGGUCCUAUACUCCUUCUCAGAUCAGGCAGGAUUAAUCUCGGCAAAACUGAGUCAACCUCCCAAGGGCCGGCGAAGAAUCGGAACUCGGAAAUGAGGGCCCCGGAAUCUCAGAGUGCCAAGAAUAAUCCAGUUAUCGACAGAGGCAGGAGUUGGAAGUGGCUCAGCUUUGCAAUUUGAAUGGCAGGUUCUAGUUGACGAUCCUUUCCCGUAGAGUUGAGAGAGGGUAAUGAGCCGAGGCCGGAACGCGAUGCACGUUAUGAUACAUUGAUAAUAGUCUCGUACGAUGCAGCAUAGCGGCGAUGUUGGUCAGAUCCGAUCGAUGGACCGGCCAAUGACACCCACAUUAUAACGCUGAACAGCGUGCCGUGGUUUACAUCGCACGGGAGUAUGAAUGAAGCAGAUGCAGUAUGUCAC